AUGAAGCUCAGCAUCAGACACCUCCUCGCCUCGCCAAAGGAGACGAGCAUUCCCAUACUCCUUGUCUCGUCUGGCUAUUGGUACGGAAGCAACAUGCAGUCCCUGAUAAAUCAGAACAUGGUCUGUCCGUUGGCCCUGAGUAGGGAGUCUUCAGCAUCUGACAGCAUGUCCACAUCUCCAGCUUCCCUCUCCAGACAUCUCACCGAGCCUUACUAUAAGGAGACGCCUUACAGCGACAAUAAGAACGCUUCGCUCACAGCAAGUCUAUGGCACGACAUUGACAUCGAUAGCGGCGUCAUUACCCUAUCUGACGACUACGUCGCCUCCAAAGGCCUACUCCCAGCCCAAAGGUUCCCAUGGGACGCAACGAAAGGCAUCUACAUUGUCCACGGCUACCACAACCUCCACUGCUUGGUAACCCCCCCUCCUUUCCUCUCCCUCGACCUUGCCGACCAUCAAAUCGCUCUGACCGACCAUAGAAAAUCAUCUACAUCUCCAUGA